AUGGCAAGAAGACUAAUAUUUCUGUUGAUUCUCGUUGCCAGUUUAUCCACUGCGCCAUUGUUUUCCUUACCUGUUGAUCAACCAUCAAUCUCAUCCUUUGUUCAAUAUAAACUCGAUACAAAUCAUCGUUAUCGAUCAUCAAUAGUGAGCUUUGUACAUCGACAACCUGAUGGAUCUCAACUAGCAACGACACGAUAUUAUCGCAUUGUUUUUCAUUGCAAUGUUUUACCUGGAUCUCUUUAUCUUCGAUUUUCAAAAGCAAAACCUUAUCGUACUGUAGUACAAAAUCGACAAGAUCCUUCGACAAUCUUCGGUUUUCGAUCCGUUGGAGCUUAUAGUCGUGUUCAAAUACAAAAUUAUCUCUCGGGAUUUUGGUUAUGCAUGAAUAAAUACGGUAGAAUAGUACCCAAAUUGAAUAUCACCAUCGAUAAUCUUGCUUGUACAUUUCGUCAAAGUUCGGAUGGGCCUUAUUUGAGAUUAAUCUCUGAACUUGAUCCAUCUCGUCAGAUGGUCUAUGAUACUCUUCGGUUAUUAACAUUAAAUCCUGUUCUACAUCGUCGCUAUGCUCAUUAUAUGGUCGAUGGAAAGCGUUUAUUUAAACGAGAACAAUGCGGUCGAUUUAUGUUCGAUAGUCAAAUUGAUAAAAGAUUAUUUAAUCGAACGACGGAUCCGUUUGUUCGAUUGAGACAAUAA